AGCUGAUUGACUCACGGUUUAUAGAAUUUUCGUGCCGGUUAAAAGAAAAGCAACACAACAACACCAUUGGUAAUACGCGGUAAAUGUAGUAAAUUGUAUAUGAACCGUGAAAAUAGAAUAAGGUAUUGUUGUUGAAGUGGGAGGGCAAUGAAAAUUACCACCUCACCUUAAAUCGCACAUGGCAAAGCUAAAAGGUAUCUUGGUGAUGCUUUGAAAAAUCGACACAGAUGUGUUGAUAAGAACAAAAACUGAAUGUGUAGUGCCUUUUGAUGGAGUAUAUCAAGAAUACGUAAAUAAUUUCGAAAUUUAACGCACAACUUACACAACAGUUUUAAGUUAUAAGACAGUGUAAUGCAACUUUGUUACGUCUGCAGACUUCUUUAAAAUUAAUGACGAGUAAUAUACAUAAGUUAAUCCGUCCACAAAAACUCAACAUCAUAAAAUUGCUAAUUCGUUCACAUUAGUCUUUCUGCAACGUAAUUUUCGCCUGCCUUUUUCGUAACUACAAAUGCACUGCCCUAUCAUGGUCUAUGUACGUAUUGUACUCACAACGUUAUUGACCAUCACCUGCCUUUUGGGUGAUAAUUCUGUGGAGCUUACACAGCAUCCACUUUUGAAGGCUCUAGCCGAUAAUGCCACGCAUGCUUUAAUUGGAGCUUUUACGGGCAUUGCAUUCGCUGUACAAUUCCACGAUCGAACCAGCAAUUUACUAGGAUGGUUCCUUAUAUUCACUUGUUUCGCGGUAUCUUCCUUGAUUGAUGUAGAUCAUUUUAUAGAAGCGCGCUCUUGGUACUUGGAGGAUGCGACCAAUUUACAACGACGCCCAUUUCUACACUGCUCUAGCGUAAUUUUUCUACUACUCACGUUUUACUUAUGCACCGCCAGCUUGAACUAUUUUAAGACAUCUUUAAUUUUGGGAGAAUUGCUUUGUGCGUUCAUAACACAUCAUACACGUGAUGCUGUGCGUCGUGGUUAUUGGUUCUGUCCAUUUGGACACACUGGCCGAGUGUCAAACAUCGGCUAUAUUGUGAUAGUAAAUUUAACUCCACAUUUGGUGGCAUAUAUACAUAGCAUUUGUCGCAGUGGACCACUACAACGUUUCUUAGGUCAAUAUAUUAAGAUGAGUGAUAAUUAUCGCAUAGGAAGUGAGGGUUAUCGUUAUAUGAAUGUAUAAAUUUUUAUCAUAAUUGAUAUUUCAUUGUUAAAUUUGUUGAGUAGUGAUAUUCAUAUGGUACAUACAUAUGUUAUGUGAGUAGAUAGUUUUAAUUAGGUAUAAUAUACCGAAGGAACUUAUACCAAGUGAUAGCGCAACAUAGUAAAGCUUGGCUUAUAUACUGAAUAAUCCACAACUUUAGCAAAUUAUUUGAAAAUUAAUAAUUCACUUUUACCAAAUAUUAAAUUUACUUAAUAGAAAAAAAGUUUAAAAAGCAAAGUUGCUCUAGGAGUAUUUGGAUUGUUUACUACGAAAGAAUAUAUGUAUAUAUAGAUACUUUAUCAACGAAUAAUAUUGCGCUCAACUUCCAUUCAAAUACACAUUUGUCCCUUGACAAAUAUAAUUACUUGUACUAAGUACUACAAAAUGGUCAAUGGACCAGUAAAAAAUAGAAAAUGAAUUUCUAAUAGAAAUUGCAAGGGUGAUCUUAAUAUUAAUCAUAAAAUAUAAUAUAUAUAUGUAGGUACUUUCAUAUUAGAACGACUACGUUCCAUAAUAUCCAUAACAUUGUGAUAUUUUAUUCAUCAACAAAUACAUAUUUAUACUAGUAUACGUAAAAUACAUCUUAAGCAAUUUUACAUAUGUAUGUAUGUAAUAAAAAAGCAAAUAAUUCAACUAUCACAAGCAAUUGUUUUCCAUUUACAACUCCAAAAAAAAAUGUAAACCUAAAAAUCACAACAUUUUUUAAAUAAAUGCAAUACAGAGUCCUUUAAAAAAGUCUGAAAGCCACAUUUGAACAGAAUUUUGCAAUAACAUAUAUACAUAUGUAUAUGUAUGUAUGUCUUAAGUAUCACUUAAACGAUGUAUGUAUAUAUUCAAUAAGAUGAAAUCUCUCUAUUUGCACUUUUUUAAUUGGGCAGCUUGGAGUAAUUGAAAACUGCUUGAUCAUUUCUUACCUAGUCUUUUAAAAAGAUUACUCUUUAAUCGAUACAUAUUUACGUAUGUAAAACAUAUUUUUUCAAGAUAAUUUUUAGUUUACUA